AGUCAUAAGCUUACGAAAGCAAAGCAAAAAAAAGGAGAGAAACAAAUGGGGUUCUCCGUAGUCCGUACUCGUCACAGCCGCCCAACCGGCUGCGCACGGGCUCACCUUGACCCUGGUGCGUAGUACCGUUCUCGGCGCAUAUUAGCCUGCGCCACCUCCCCCACCCUAAGCGGUGGCCUCAUCUUUCUAGAUCUCUAAGUCAGCCGCACACCUCUCUCUUCCUCCCCCGUCCACCCUACCUUUAUCAACACCCACCUAAUCCUCAAUUCCUUCAUUAUGUUUCCACCUCUCAUCACCACCAUCACCACCACCACCACCCACCAUCGCCCCUCUUUCCGUCUCCUCCCCCUGCUAACCUGCGCAUCACACCAUGACCAGCUCGCAUUCACCUUCUUCAUCGCAAGAUCCGACAAACCCAACACCGAUUCUCCUCGCUGCACCACCACAGACCUCAACAGCAUCUUCCCGACGCCUCCCACCACCGUGCUGGUCACAAGACGAAACUGCAGCGCUUAUCGAUGCGUAUCGUGAUAAAUGGUACUCUCUCCGACGAGGCAAUCUACGCGCAUCACACUGGCAGGAAGUCGCCGAUGACGUCGCAAAUCGAUGCCCUUUGUCAUCCGGCAUCCCGCAGAAAACAUCCAUUCAGUGCCGUCACAAGAUGGAGAAACUUAGAAAACGUUACCGUGCAGAGAUCCAACGCGCCGCCGCUACCCCCAAAGGCCACCGGUAUCCCUCCUCAUGGGUUCACUUUAAACGGAUGGAUUUGAUGGAAAAGGGAUCCUCUUCUUCCGAUCCCGAUGCGAUGAAUCAGGAUGAGGAUGAUGAGGAAGAAGGAGAUCGAGACGUUGACAAUCAAGACGGUUUGUUAUUAUACCCUAGAGGAAUCAAACAAGAUAUCCCUCUCCCCCCACACCAACGAUUUUACAGUUCGAUUGAUAAUGGUACCGGACACUUAAACGGAAACGAAAACGGGUUUCGGAUUAAGAUUCCCGGCCGGGCUAACACCGCUGCCGUUCCACCGCCAUCGGCCGGGAUGAAUAUGUAUAAUAACAAUAAUAGCGCAUACGACGACUACCCACCUCCCGUGAAGUCAAAUUACGGAUUAGGAAAGGGUUUGAGAGAUGGGUAUGCUAAGGGAGGGUUUGGAAUUGGGAAGGAUAGAGGUGGCGGAAUCAAGAGGAGGGAGGAGGUGACCGGAAAUAGCAAUAAUCCGGUGGAGGAUAUGGUGACAGCUAUAAAGAUGUUGGGAGAUGGGUUUAUGAGGAUAGAGAGGAUGAAGAUGGACAUGGCAAGGGAGCUUGAAUCCAUGCGAAUGGAAAUGGAGAUGAAACGGACAGAGAUGAUUCUGGAUUCACAGCAGAGACUCGUGGAUUCGUUUUCAAAAGCAGUUUUUGAGAAGAACAAGAAGUUGAAGAGGAUGCCUACACCAGAGUCUUGAAAAUGGAGUUCGUUUCCUAAACUUUACUUUCAAAUGUUUUUUUUUUUUUUUUUUUUUCUUUUGUAAGUUUGUGCUAAUUGUGAGUAUUAGCAGUAGGAAAGUAGUCAUAGAUAAGAUCAAAGCUCUAAUAAGGAUAUCAUGUUUCUUGAUUACUUGAAAUUGUUGCUUAUGAUCGAAAACAAAAAGGUUAUUCAUUCUCUCAAACGACUAAUUGCUUCUUCA